AUGUCCGGUGAUGCGGAGGCGGAGCAGGCGGCCAAGAAGCACCGAUGGGAAGGUUUAGCGGGCGGCAACGGCGGCGGCGGCGACGCCUUGCCAACCCGCACCCGAUGGAGCGCCAUGACGCCGCGUCAGUACGGGGCCGAGACCCCUCGCGUCUUGACCGGGCUCGCCGCGGAGCAGUCGACCUGGCGGGGUAUGGCGACCCCCACCGCGACCCCCCUUAACGCCCGGGGGAUACCGUCCCCACCCCUCGUUUUGGGGGCGGCAGCACCCCUAUGA